AUGUGCAAGUCCAAGCAGCAGGGAUGGCUCGAUUUCAGAGAUAUUGGUCUAUGGCACUUUUGUGCUAUAAGAAAAUAUGUUUGGGCAAUUGCAAAGAAAGAAGACAAUUUAUGGGUUAAAUGGGUACAUAAUGUGUACUUAAAGGAGGUUGAUUGGUGGAGUUAUAAUGCUCCAACUACAAGUAGAUGGUACUGGAACCAAAUUGUCAAGACUAAGAAUGAGUUAAAGGAAGUUUACCCUCAUAAUGAAAUCAGUUGGCCAAGCUAUAGCAUUGCCAAGGUGCACAAGCAGCUGAAGAAGAAUACAGAGAUAAGAUGGAAGCACUCUCCGAUUUGGGAUAGACUUGGUAUCCCUAAGCACAAGUUUGUGACAUGGUUGGCGUUAAAGAGGCGCUUGCAGACCAGAGACAGGCUCACAAGAUUUGGUGUUACAAAUGACCCUCUUUGUAUAUGGAGAGCUCAAAAUGAUGCCUACUGGAACCUAAAGGUACCAAUGGCUUGUAAUGUUGCUUUGAAAAUCAAAACUGAUGUCUAUAAUAAGAUUUCCUUUAAGGCAGGGAAGAUAAGUAAGGAUGAUUUAGAUUGGAAUAUCAUUGUUGAUCGUAAUCCUCCACCAAGUACUGUUAAGGAUACUCGUAGUGAGGUUGGGACUUAUGUUCCAGAAACAAAUCCGGAGGUGCUGGUAGCCACUGCUAUACCUGAAUCAAACCCUUUCAUACCAACAGUUGACCAUGUAGCACAGAUGCCAUUUCAUGAUGAUUUUCCUGAUUGUCCUGACCCUGAAAAUGAUUUUGAGGGCAAUGACGACCAAGAAACAGAGCCAAUUUGUCAUGAGGACAAAAGGUCUUCGUUGUUGCAGUUUAAGGAAAGCUUUAUUAUUACAAAGUCAGCUUCUGAAUAUUUUGAUCGGUUUUAUUCACAGGUUACCUCAUGGACACACAAAGGAGAAACAAGAAAUUGUUGCAUGUGGAGUGGUGUUCAGUGUGAUGAGAUGACUGACCAUGUGAUAGGCCUUGACCUCGGCAGCAGCUUUCUCUAUGGUUCAAUUGACUCAAACAGCACCCUCUUCGACCUGCUUCACCUCCAGAGACUUGAUCUUUCGGACAACCAUUUCAACUACUCUCAAAUACCCACUGCCAUCAACCGGCUUUCUACGCUCACCUAUCUCAACCUAUCACAUUCUUCAUUCGUCGGCCAAAUUCCCUCGGAACUUUCACAACUGUCCAAAUUGUCCAAUCUUUAUUUGUGCAUCAAUCCAUUGCAACUCAAGAAGCCUAAUUUGGAAAGCUUGAUUUCAAACUUCACACGCCUUGAGCAGCUUUGUCUCAGCCAUGUCGACAUAUCUUCAACAGUUCCUAAAUCGUUGGCAAAUUUUUCUUUGUUGACAUCCCUACUAUUGAGGGAAUGCAAACUUAAAGGUGAAUUCCCGGUCGAUAUUUUUCAGCUGCCUGACUUACAAAGCCUCAGCGUGCGGUUUAACAAAGAUCUUAGUGGAAGAUUGCCUCCAGUACUUAAUCAGAACAAUUCUCUCAAGUCAUUGUGGUUGGCAGGCACUGGCUUUUCUGGGGAAAUUCCUUUUGAAAAACUAGCUUCUUUGAGUACGUUGAUUGCCGGUAACUGCAACUUUUCUGGAGUGAUUCCAUCUAAACUCAUAGGUAAGCUGAACCAACUCACUUAUCUAAACCUUUCCAAAAAUAACUUUGUUGGAGAAAUCCCUUCUUCCUUAGGAAACCUAACUCAACUCACCGUGUUAAGUCUGUCCUUAAAUCAUUUUAGUGGUCCAAUUCCUUUGUCAUUGUCGAAACUCAUAAAUUUGGAAGCCCUUUACCUAGACAAUAAUGAUUUGAGAGACAUUGUCGAUUUUGACAUGUUUGUUGGCCUAAAAAACCUUACUCAGCUGGCCUUGCACUACAACUACAACCUCUCAGUGAUCAUUGUUAAUCCUGGUCUAAAUGAAACUUUUCCACAAUUCAAGGAACUAGGAUUGUCAAACUGUAAUUUAAGAAACUUUCCUGUCUUUCUUAGGCAUCAAAAAAGAAUGGAAAUAUUAUAUCUUGAUGAAAACCAUAUUGGUGGUCUCAUACCAGAGUGGUUGUUCAACAUUAGCAAAGAAACAUUACUCCUCUUAUCCUUUUUUGGAAACUCUUUAAUAGGGGAGCUUUCGCAUAGAGUAUGCAAUUUUAGUUCUCUUACUUUUCUUGACAUUUCUCAUAAUAAGUUGGUUGGUAAGCUUCCCCAUUGUCUAGGUAACCUCAGUAAGUCAAUAAUGGCGUUAAAUCUCCGCAGUAACUAUUUCUCCGGCAACAUUCCCAAUUUUACAGAGGGAAACCAACUGAAGAUAAUUGAUUUAGGUUAUAAUCUAUUCGAAGGGAAGCUAUCAAAAUCACUUUCAAAUUGUAAGAUGCUUGAACACCUCAAUGUGGAAAGCAAUACGCUCAGUGAUGUUUUUCCCUAUUGGUUGGGCACUCUUCCAGAGUUGGAAAUUCUUGUGCUGCGAGCUAAUGAACUCCAUGGAGUAAUUGGGGAGUCCAUAAAAAACUUUUAUUUUCCAAAAUUACGAAUAAUUGAUAUGUCUUACAACAACUUUAGUGGCAAACUACCAUUGAAAUACAUCCAGAAUUGGAAGGCCAUGACAACUACAAACAUUGAAGACUUUGGUUAUAUGAGUUCAACAUUCAAAAACACAACCAACAAUAGCUCUUCAUGGAGUUUUUAUUCCCAAGCUACAAUAGCAAUCAAAGGCAUAAAUAUGUUCUAUGAAAAAAUCCAAAAUAUUAUUGUUGUCAUAAACCUCUCAAACAAUAAAUUUGAUGGGGAAAUUUCUCAAGUGGUUGGAAACUUGAAGAGGCUCUAUUCUCUCUAUUUAUCUUGCAAUCGUCUCAGUGGUGACAUACCAUCAUCACUGGGAAAUCUGGCAGAGCUCGAGUCCUUAGAUCUUUCCCAAAAUGAGCUUUCAGGGGAGAUCCCUAGUGAAUUGGCCCAACUAUAUUUCCUUCAAUACUUUAAUGUUUCAUACAACCAUCUCUCUGGGACCAUACCACAACAAAACCAAUUAGAUAAAUUUGAGAGAAGUUCCUACGAGGGAAACUUGGGAUUAUGUGGUAUUCCACUGCCAGACUUGUGUGAAAACUCCAAGCCAUUGGAACCACCACUUCCAUCGUUUGAAGAAAAGUCAAGCUCUCCUCUUCAAUUUGGUUGGAAAGUUGUGGCCAUAGGAUAUGGAUGUGGAUUCUUGAUAGGAUUGUUCAUCGGGAAAGUUUUAUACGACUUCUUCCCUCGACCAGAGAAGAAGCAAUUUGUCGGGACAGGCGAGGGGUAUGAGCUUGUGAAGAGGGCUGGUCGGCUCGAGUGCUGGUGGAGUCGCGCCUGUGAGGGGUCAAACGCUGACAGAAUCGUGCCUGGGAGUUGCAUAAACGACUUCACUACCACCUGA